UAUACUACUUCCCAAUGUAAGGUGAUUGAUGGAUGAUAGAACUAAUGGAGCUCAAGGGCCUCAGUUUCCGGCUCCGGCUCCGGCUCCGGCUCGACAAGGGUCGAUGUGCAAUCUCACCUUUGAUGAUGUCCCAGCCCAAUUUGGGAACAUUGGGAAGCCAUUGAAUGCUAUGAAUUUUGAUGAGUUACUGAAAAAUGUGGUUUCUGUUGAAGAAGCUAAGAUGGGAGGGAAACAAAACAGGUCAUCUUCAUCAUCGUCAUCUUCCACUUCAUUGUUUACUGGAGACAACUUUCUGAGCAAAAGAAAUGUUGAUGAUGUGUUGAAGGAGAUUGUUCACCAUAAUAACCAGUCAGUCCCACAAGGAGAGACAACACUGGAGAAUUUUCUAGCGUGUGCCGGUGUCAUUAAUCCACGGCCAGUGAUGGUAAAUGAUCCGAUUGUUAUGGUGUCAGAGCAAGAAGAUUGGUUGCAAUUUCAAAUGGGCGGUGUUCAGGAAGAGCAGCAACAUCACAUCACAAUGAGGGAUUCAAAUUCUCAUGUUUCUGAGUCCAUCUAUGGAAACCCAGUUGGUAAUCUUGGUGGGUUCUCAGAGAAUCAUCAAUUGGAAAUGCCAAUGCCAAUGCCAGCAAUGUCAGCAACAUCACCGGAAAAGAAAUGUCGGUAUUCAGAUGAAGGGAAGGAGAAGAUUAUUGAGAGGAGGCAGAGGAGGAUGAUCAAGAACAGAGAGUCUGCAGCAAGGUCCAGGGCAAGGAAACAGGCUUACACCAGUCAAUUGGAGCAUGAAGUGCUUCACUUGAGGAAAACAAACAGCUGGCUCAAAAGGCAAAAGGAGGCAGAGAUGCUAUUAACCUCAUAUGCUAUUCCUAUGUCCAGAUACCAACUGCGACGGACCAGCUCAGCUCCACUCUAGUCUAUUUUUUGUUCAAUAACUUAAUUCUUUUAUUCAA